UCUUCUUCUUCUUCUUCUCAUUCAGCUUCAUUGUUCAUAGUAAUAUUCUCUUAAUUUUACUUUUUUAUUCCAUUUUAAUCUUAAUUUCUGUAGUGCUGUGUAGUUCAAUCAGUAACCGGAAUUAUCCAGUGUUGCAGUGAUUUGGGAGCUUUGAGUCUCGGAGAAUCGGGCCGGGAUUCGAAAGCAUUGGGAUCACGAAAUGGUUCAAGCUGGUUCUAUGAGGCUGUUGUAUGAAUGGAGGAGGAGUCAUAGUGUUCAUGGAUGCCUUAGUAAUCCUAAUGCUUGUGUUGUAGGAAAGGGUCGAGUACAUAUGGUUAGCAUCAAUCUUCCGUCACACGGCUUGGCUGCCUGCAGUCUCCAUCUUUUAAGCAGCGUGCGAGGCCCAAUAGGUCCAGUAUCUUCCAGAUGUAAUGUUUUCUUGUGUAGAUCUGUUUUUAUACCAAGUGGAGGAACUGGGGCGCCUGCUCUGAAAUCUGCUGCUGUGGUUUUAACAAGGUCUUAUGAUGCUUUACGUGGAAGCCCUACUUUUCUUAAAUUGAUUCAGGCAGUUGCCAUCAUUGCCUUUUCUGUUUGCGGUCUUGGGCCUCUAAUGCGCAUGGGGAGGAUUAUAUUCUUUCAACGUACUGAUAAUAGUUGGAUGAAAAGUAGGUCACACUAUGUUAUGACCUCUUACAUUAGGCCUUUGAUGCUUUGGGGCGGAGCAAUGCUUGUAUGCAGAGCAUUGGAUCCUUUAAUCCUACCAUCAGAAGCUAGCCAGGCUGUCAAGCAAAGAGUUAUACAUUUUUUACAAUCAUUAUCGACAGUGCUGGCAUUUUCCUACUGUUUGUCAAGCUUGAACCAACAAGCACAGAAAUUCUUUGCAGAGACAAAAGACCCAAGUGAUACCAGAAAUAUGGGCUUCGAUUUUGCUGGCAAAGCUGUUUAUUCGGCAGUUUGGGUUGCUGCUGUGUCAUUGUUUAUGGAGUUGCUGGGAUUCUCGACCCAGAAAUGGCUUACAGCUGGGGGUCUUGGUACAGUGUUGCUCACCCUUGCUGGUCGUGAGAUAUUCACAAACUUCCUUUCCAGUGUAAUGAUCCAUGCCACACGGCCAUUUGUUGUCAAUGAAUGGAUUCAGACUAAGAUUGAAGGCUAUGAAGUUUCUGGUACUGUUGAGCAUGUGGGGUGGUGGUCACCAACAAUAAUAAGAGGCGAUGAUCGAGAAGCAGUUCACAUUCCAAAUCACAAGUUCACUGUGAAUGUUGUGAGGAAUCUUAGCCAGAAGACUCACUGGCGCAUCAAGAACCACAUAGCCAUUAGUCAUUUGGAUGUCAAUAAAAUAAAUAUUAUUGUAGCUGACAUGCGCAAGGUUUUAGCCAAAAAUCCUCAAGUAGAGCAGCAAAGGUUGCAUAGAAGAGUGUUUCUGGAUGAUAUCAAUCCAGAGAAUCAGGCUCUUAUGAUUUUGGUAUCUUGCUUUGUGAAAACAUCUCACAUUGAAGAGUAUCUCUGCGUGAAGGAGGCAAUACUCUUGGAUCUUCUCAGAGUUGUCAGCCAUCAUCGGGCACGCCUUGCCACACCCCUCCGCACAGUUCAGAAAGUGUAUGGUGAUGCUGACUUGGAAAAUGUACCAUUUGCCGACACCAUUUUUGGUCGUUCUUCGGUGCGUACUAAUCGUCCAUAUCUCCUGAUUGAGCCAUCAUACAGAAUCAGUAGUGAUGACAAAAGUAAGGCUUCUAAUCGCUCAGCACGCACAACUGGAGACAAUGAAGAAGAUAAACCUGAGCUGACAUUAACUCCUGUGCAAACCGAAGAGAAGACAACUUCAAUUUCCAACUCAAGCACAAAUCCCAAGACUUCAGAAAUGCCAACAUCUGAACCCCAGAUGCAGAUUGAGAUGACAAAAUAUGCAGGGAAGGAGAAUGGAGUUGAUUUCAAAGAUGCAACUCCAGAUAAAGCGACAUCUAUGCCUAUUAUUUCACCUGAGAUAGGUGGUGGAAAGACGGAUAAUCCUUUGACCACUGUGCAGGUAAAGCGAGAUGGAGAGAAACCUGUUGCAUCACCGUCUACAUCCUGUCCUCCCUUAGAAGAGAAUAUUGUUCUCGGUGUUGCCUUAGAUGGCUCAAAGCGAACACUCCCAAUUGAGGAAGAUAUGGCUCCAUCUUCUGUAGAAUCAAAAGAAUUCACUGCCAGCCGUAAUGGCAGUGUCACGUCUCCUCUUGGCACAGAUUUGAAAGAUUCAUGACUGCAUUCUAGAGCGUGGCCAAGUGAAUAGCAGAACUAAGAAGGCUUCCAAUGGCAUAAUGUUAGUGUUGUAAGUGAAAGUGUAAAUAUGGAUGUCGCUGCGUUUUUGAAGCCGGCAUCACAUUGUAAUUUGAAAUGGAAAUGUGUGGGUCAAUUUGAAAUUCCAGUUUCUCCCAUCUUCAAUAUAAACCUUUGUAGGA